UUACUUAUGUAUUUUGACGGGGAGGGAGGGCACAGAGAGAGAGAAUCCCAAACAGGCUCCACACCAUCAGCACAGAGCCUUGACACGGGGCUUGAUCUCACUAACUGUGAGCCAAAAUCAAGAGUCAGAUGCUCAACCAACUGAGCCACCCAGGCAAUGUUUCUUAAUGACAUUGACUUUUCUCUAGCUUACUUUAUUGUAAGAAUAAAGCAUAUGAUACAUAAAAACCCACAAAAUAUGUGUUAAUUGACAGUCUAUGUAAUUGCUAAGGCUUCCAGUCAGUAGUAGGCUAUUAUUAAUUAAGCUCUUGGGAGUCAAAAAUUAAUAUGUGGAUUCUCAACUACACAGGAAUCUGCACCCCUAACCCCCAUGUUGCUCAAGGGUCAGUUGUUUGAGGAUUAAAGAUAAAGUUGAAGAAAUCUCCCAGAAACUAGGAAGCAAAAAAACAAAAGUGAAGACACAGAAGUGAGAAAAAAGAUUACUUUAAGAAACCUAGUAUCUUAACAAGAGUUCUUCGAAGGCAGAACAUUGAAAACAGAAAGGGUAUUAAAACCAGAAAUUUUCCUAGAACUGAAAGAACAUGGGUCUUCAAAUUAUAAGCAUUCAGUUGAAUGCUCAGCACAAUGGAUGUAAAAAGACCAAGAUCAAGAUGUAUUAUCCUUCGGACGCCGGGUGACUCCGUUGGUUUCGCAUCCAAUUCUUGGUUUCAGCUUGGGUCGUGAUCUUGCGGUUCAUGAGUUCAGGUCCCAUAUCGGGUCCUCUGACAGUGCGAAGCCUGCUUCAGAUUCUCUCUCCCUCUCUCUCUCUGUUCCUACCCCCUUGUGUGCUCGCUCUCUCAAAAUAAAUAAACUUAAAAAAAAAAAAGAUACAUUAUCCUGGAAUUUUGGAACAACAGGGGCAAAGAAUGUCCUGAAAUUUACAGAGAGAAGAAACAAAUCAUUAUAUAAGGUAAAAAAAAAAAAAUCAGAAUGGCAUCAGACUUUUCAUUAACAACCCUAGAAGCUAGAAGAUAAUGGAGUGAUACCUUCAGAAUUGGAGGGAAAAUUGUUUUUUAAUGCAGAUAAAGGUAUUUUCUGACAUGUAAAAAAAUCUCAAAAUAUUUACUUCUUCAGGAAUUUUCUGGAGUUGGUGAUUCAACAAAAUAAAGGGAGUAAAUCAAAAAAGAAGAUAGGAUUGGGGCACCUGGGUGGCUCAGUUAGUCAGGUGUCCGACUUGAUUUCAGUUUGGGUCAUGAUCUCAUGGUCAUGAGAUUGAGCCCAGAGUCAGGCUUCUCGAUGAGCAUGGAGCCUGCUUGAGAUUCUCUCCCUCUCUCUGCCCCUCCCCCACUCAUGCUUGUGUGUGCAUGCGCGCGCGCUCUCUCUCUCUCUCUCUCUCUCUCUCUCUCUAAAAAUAAACAUUAAAAAAAAGAGUCUGUAAAGAACGCAACACAAAAUUGAGGAAAGGGUAUUUCUGGGGUUAUAGGAUGAAGGGAGCUGACAGCUGGGAAGCAAAUCUUAGCAACCAGUCCAUUUUAGAGCACAUUAGAAGGCUUGGAGAAAGGAGUCUGUAACAAAAAAUGACAAUAUACUGAAUCGAAGAGGACUGUAUUUGUAGCAGAAUGGGGGAUGAAUUAAAGAUGGUUAUGUAGAAAACUAAGCAAAUGAAAAAUCAAGGCAGUUAACUCCACAGGGGAAAAAUAAAGUUGUUUAAGAACAGAAAUUUAGUCAUAGAGCACUACUUGGCUCAACAUUUUUAUUAGGCCUAAUGAUGCACAAGAAAUACAUAUGUAAUUAUGUUAGAAUGCUAGGAAGAAGGGAAAUGUAUGUGUAUGGCAGGGGAGAGGAUGAGAGUUGGUGACAGACAGCUGAAUCCACAUCUUACAUUGUAAGACAAUAAGCAGUGCCUAAAACUGAAAAAUAUGGAAGAAGCAAACUUAAGUGUGUUACUUAACUAUGUGGAGAUACGUUUUGGAGACAGUCGUUCUUCACCAGUGGCCUUGAAAAGCUAGUUGAUCUUUUAAAAUCGUAAGCAUGUGUAAUUUGAUAAAAAUUAGCAAACAAAAGGGAUAAAAUAUUAACAGUUGGAAUCAUGAGUUGUUUUUUUGAUACAUUCUUAUCUUUCACAUUUUCUAACUUGAUAGUUUAUUCUUUCAUAGUCCAGAAAAAAAUUUUCCAUUAUUCACUAUGAGUCUUCAUUUUUCUUACCUAUUUUUCAUUUGUUAGGAAUUCCUAAUUUACAACAUCUUGUUUCAUAAGGUUUCUUUAAAAAGGCAUUUAUUUCCUAAAUACAAGAAAAUACCAUUGUUGUGUGUUGGGAAUAAAUACUUGAUCUCACAUGAAGUUUGUGGUCUAGAAUAAGGGUAGAGAAAUGUGUAAAUUAAUUAUAGUAUAGAUUUGUAUAUAUAGAACACACAAUGGAAAUAGAAGGUGAAAACAAGAAGAGACUGUAAGCAAGCAGGAUUAAUAAUAUUUGAUGUAGACUACAGUGAAAAACAAGGGUCAGUGCUGACUCCCAGCUUUCUGGCUGCAGUGACUGGGUAUAUAUAUAGGUGCUAGUCACUAAGAAUAGAAAUAGAUAAAAGAUAAAGUAGAUGUUUUAAUGAGCUUUAUUUGGGAUCUGUUGGUUUCAACUAUUGCAUUGUAGUUGCAUUAUAUUUAUUACAUACAAUACAUAGUUAUUGUAUUUGCAUUGAAAUACAAAUAUAUUCAUCGAUAUAUCCAGGAUAUUUGUGUUUGGAGCUCAAGAGAGAGGGCUAAGAAAGAGCAAACAAGAGAAUGAAAAUAAAUGAAUGGAUUACAAAUUGUCAAUCACAUUCGAACAGAGUGGGUGAGAUCUCCAAAUAGAUGGUGUAGACCAGAGCAUGGGACUGUGAAUCAAGGACAGAGCCCUAGGGAAACAAUCAUUGGCUUAGAUCUUUACAGAUCCCAUUUCAUGGGACUGAUGAACAUGGGAAUGAUGGGACAUUGCAGGUAGAAGAAUGAAGAGCCAUAAAAUUCAAGGUCGUAAGGGUGAACAUCUUUUCAGAAGCUUGACUAUGAAGGAAAAAAGAUUUGACCAGAGGAGGGGAAUAUAGGUUUAAACAAUUUCUUGUUUCAUCCGUGUUUCAUGUCUUUAUUGCCAUUUUUUUUUUUUAAGAUGAAAGAGACUGACUUCUAAGAAAGCCAAUCAAAAAGCGGUUUAAAAACAUGGAAGAAGAUAAGCAACAAACAAAAGAAAUGAAAUAACUAGCCAGGCACAUCCUGGUUUUGUGGAGCCCAAAGUUUACUAUAGUCAAACUGUUACUUCGUCAUGGUGGAAAUCCAUUUCAAGCUAAUAAGCACGGGGAGCGCCCAGUGGAUGUAGCAGAGACAGAGGAGUUGGAAUUGCUGCUAAAAAGAGAGGUGCCUUUGUCUGAUGAUGAUGAAAGUUAUACAGAAUAUUUAUUUUCCACAUGGUGAAUGUGCCUGAAUUAUUGCUUGAUCAAAGUCCCUCAAGGAAUGAUGCAAAAAUCGUCAAUUCUGAAGAGGCUCGGUCUGUAAAUCCUUCCAGUGUUGAUGAAAACAUUGACUCUGAGACAGAGAAAGACUCUCUCAUCUGUGAAAGUAAACAGAUAAUUCCCAGCAAAGCACCUCUUCCAUCUGCUCUUGAUGAAUAUGAGUUCAAAGAUGAUGAUGAUGAAGAAAUAAAUAAAAUGAUUGAUGACAGGCAUAUUCUUAGAAAAGAGCUACGGAAAGAGAAUGAAGGUGAAGUAGAAAAGAAUAGCUUAUUUGCAAAACAGGAGAAAGCUUUCUAUCCUAAAUCAUUUAAAAGUAAAAAACAAAAGCCAUCUAGAGUUUUGUAUUCAAGUUCUGAAAGUUCAGAUGAAGAAAUUCUUCAGAAUAAAAAGGUUUCUGCUCCAUCUUCUGUCCCUGAAACAUCAAAUUCUGAUACACAAACCAAAAAGGAAUAUGGAGUUUCAAAUGAACACAAACAGAAAGGCAAAGUUAAAAGAAAAUUAAAGAAUCAGAACAAAAAUAAAGAGAACCAAGAGCUGAAGCAAGAAAAAGAGGGAAAAGAAAAUACCAGAGUAACAAACUUGACAGUUAAUACUGCACUCGAUUGUUCAGAAAAGACCAGAGAAGAGGGGAAUUUUAGGAAAUCUUUUAGCCCAAAAGAUGAUACUUCGUUACAUUUAUUUCAUAUUUCCACUGGUAAAUCUCCUAAACAUUCUUGUGGACUAAGUGAAAAGCAGUCAACACCACUAAAACAAGAACAUACUAAAACAUGUUUAUCACCAGGAAGUUCUGAAAUGUCAUUACAGCCUGAUCUUAUCCGGUAUGAUAACACAGAAUCUGAAUUCUUGCCAGAAAGUUCAAGUGUAAAAUCUUGUAAGCAUAAGGAAAAAAAUAAACAUCAGAAAGAUUUCCACUUAGAAUUUGGUGAAAAGUCAAAUGCCAAAGUAAAAGAUGAAGAUCAUAGUCCAACAUUUGAAAAUUCAGACUGCACACUGAAAAAAAUGGAUAAAGAGGGUAAAACAUUAAAAAAGCAUAAAUUGAAACACAAAGAAAGGGAAAAAGAAAAGCAUAAAAAAGAAAUUGAAAGUGAAAAGGAAAAAUACAAAAAUAGAGAUAGUGCUAAAGAGCUGCAGCGGAGUGUAGAAUUUGAUAGAGAAUUUUGGAAAGAGAAUUUUUUUAAAAGUGAUGAAACUGAAGAUCUGUUUUUAAAUAUGGAACAUGAGUCCCUAACAUUGGAAAAAAAAUCAAAGUUGGAAAAAAGCAUAAAAGAUGAUAAAUCAACCAAGGAAAAGCAUGUUUCAAAAGAGAGGAAUUUUAAAGAAGAACGAGAGAAGAUUAAAAAGGAAAAUGAAAAAUCUUUUAGGGAGGAAAAAAUAAAAGACUUAAAGGAAGAAAGAGAGACUGUACCCAUAGAUAAAGAAACAGAAUUCAGUUCUUUAGGAACAAAUGCCAUUGAAGAAUCUAUAGGGUUACAUUCAAUGGAAAAGGAAAUAGAGAUUGAAAAACAAGAAAAGCAUGUAAAAGAAAGGGAAAAAUCAGAAAAGCGGUUUCAAACUAAAGAAAAGGAUGUUGAAAGAAAAAAUUCUGAAAAAGAGAAGAAGAUCAAGCAUGAGCAUAAGUCAGAGAAAGAUAAAUUAGAUCUUAGUGACUGUGUUGACAGAAUAAAAGAAAAAGAAAAGCUAUAUUCACAUCACAUAGAGAAAUGCCAUAAAGAAGGUGAAAAGAUAAAAAAUAUUACCACUAUUAAAAAAGCUGAUGAUAGAGAGAAAAGUAGAGAAAAGAUGGACAGAAAACAUGACAAAGAAAAACCUGAAAAAGAGAGGCAUCUAGCAGAAAGCAAAGAAAAGCACUUGACGGAAAAAAAAAACAAACAAUCAGACAACAGUGACUAUACUAAAUCAGAAAAAAGCAAAAAUAAAGAAAAAGACAGGGAGGUAGAUAAAAAGGAAAAAUCUAGAGAUAAAGAAAGUGUAAAUACAACUAAUUCCAAACACUUCCAGGAAGAGAAGAAGUCAAGUAUGGCAGACAGCAGUAAAGCACAACAUGAGAAAACUUUAUCCCUUAAAGAAAAAACAAAAGAUGAGCCUUUGAAAACCCCUGAUGGAAAAGAAAAAGAUAAAAAAGAUAAAGAUAUAGACAGAUACAAAGAACGAGACAAGCACAAAGAUAAAAUUCAACUAAAUAGUUUAUUCAAACUAAAAUCUGAAGCAGAUAAACCUAAACUUAAGUCAUCACCAGCAUCAAAAGAUACUCGACCUAAAGAAAAGAGGUUAGUGAAUGAUGAUUUAAUGCAGACAAGUUUUGAACGAAUGCUAAGCCUUAAAGACCUAGAAAUAGAGCAGUGGCACAAAAAACAUAAGGAAAAAAUUAAGCAGAAAGAAAAGGAGCGGUUGAGAAAUCGGAAUUGUUUAGAACUUAAAGUAAAAGAUAAAGAAAAAACAAAGCAUGUACUAGCUGAGUCUAAAAAUAAAGAACUUACUAGGUCAAAGAGUUCAGAGUUGACUGAUGCUUAUACCAAGGAGAAACAGUCUAAAGAUGCUGUAAGUAACAGAUCACAAUCUGUUGAUGCCAAAAAUAUGAAUUUAGGGAAGUCAUCUUUUGUUUCAGAUAAUAUCUUAAACAGAUCUCCUAGAUCAGAAAGUGAAAAACCAGGUCUCAGCUCUAGAUCUGUAUCCAUGAUUUCGGUUGCUAGCUCAGAAGAUUCCUGCCAUACUACAGUGACAACUCCCAGGCCUCCAAUUGAGUAUGACUCUGACUUUAUGUUGGAGGGUUCCGAUUCCCAAAUGUCCUUUUCCCAGUCACCUUUUUUGCCAAUUGCCAAAUCUCCUGCCCUUCAUGAAAGGGAAUUAGAUAGCUUGGCCGAACUGCCAGAGCGGAUUAAGCCACCAUUUACAAGCAGACUUCCGACAUCCCAUCUCCGAUCAUCUUCUGUAGAAGAUGUCAAACUAGUGAUAAAUGAGGGGAGACCAGCUGUAGAAGUUCGAAGGUGUAGCAUGCCAUCAGUCAUUUGUGAACAUACAAAACAAUUCCAAACAGUAUCAGAAGAAAACAGUCAAGGUGGCUUAGCUGUGCCAAGAGAUAUUUGUCCUUCUCCCAAACCUGAGGUGUCCUUAAAUGUGCCUGAAAGAGAACUUUCAAAUAUGUCUAACAUACAUUCCGGUUUUGCAGCGUCUCCAACUAGAUCUGUAAACAGCAAAUAUAUUUCAGCUGAUAUAAAUGUUAUCAAGAGUACUGUUCCAGUGGGCACUUUAAUGGACAGUCCUGUGCAUUUAGAGCCAUCUAAUCAGGUUGGUGUGAUCCAGAAUAAAUCCUGGGAGGUACCUGUUGAUAGUAGACUGGAAUCCUUAAGCACCAGUGACUUUAUCUGCCCAAAUUCUGGUACACCUGAUCAAGAUUCUUCUGUUCAAGGCUUUUGUAAUUCUGAAAACAAAAUAUUGAAAGAACAGAACACUGAUUUUUUAUCCCUGCACCAGACUGAACUGCCAGGAAACUCUUGUGCUCAGGAUCCAGUGUCCUUUCUGCCUUCACAACAACCUUGCUCUUUCCACAGCCAAUCACUUUCAGAUGCUGAAUCUAUUUCUAAACAUAUGUCUAUGUCAUAUGUUGCCAAUCAAGAGCCGAGUAUUUUGCAACAGAAAAACGCAGUUCAAAUUAUCAAUUCUGUUUUAGAUACUGACAAUGAAUCUACAAAAGAGGUGGAGAAUACUUUUGUCUUAACAGAUGUUCAAAAGACAGAUGCCUUUGUCCCAUUGUACUCUGAAAGCAGUGUUCAAGAAGCAGCACCAAAUUUUGAAAAGGCUAAUACUUUACCUGUAUUACCAUCAGAAAAAGACUUUAGUGGAAAUGAUGCCUCUUCCCAGCUAAAUACACAUUAUGCGUUUGGCAAAUUAAUGUAUAAGUCUUCCAGUGGCCAUGAGGUUGAGAGUAGCACUUCUGAUAUUCAGGUUAUUUCACAUGAGAAAGAAAACAAACUGGAGAGUUUGGUCUUAACUCAUUUGAAUGAUAAGUGUGAUUCUGAUUUAUGUGAAAUGAGUGCCGCGAUCCCAAAAGGGAACCUAAAUGAACAAGAUAAUCCAAAACAUUGUCCUGAAGGUGAAAAGUGUUUGCUUUCCAUUGAAGAUGAAGAAUCACAACAAAGCACUUUAUCAAGUCUGGAAAACCAUUUGCAACAGUCUGCUCAACCAGAGAUGCAUAAAUAUGGUCAAUUAGGUAAAGUAGAAUUAGAAGAAAAUGCUGAAGAUGAUAAGACCGAAAACCAAAUCCCUCAAAGGAUAACUAGAAACAAAGCAAAUACAGUGGCAAAUCAAAGCAAACAGAUUCUUGCUAGCUGUACACUACUAUCAGAAAAAGACAGUGACUCUUCAUCUCCUAGAGGAAGAAUAAGAUUAACUGAAGAAGAUGAUCCUCAAAUUCACCACCCACGGAAAAGGAAAGUAUCCCGUGUACCUCAGCCUGUGCAAGUGAGUCCCUCUUUACUACAAGCGAAAGAGAAAACUCAGCAGUCUCUGGCAGCCAUCGUAGAUUCUCUGAAACUAGAUGAGAUUCAGCCAUACAGUUCAGAGCGAGCAAAUCCAUAUUUCGAAUACUUGCAUAUAAGGAAAAAAAUUGAAGAAAAGCGCAAAUUGUUGUGUAGUGUUAUUCCUCAAGCACCUCAGUAUUAUGAUGAAUAUGUGACAUUUAAUGGAUCAUACCUCCUGGAUGGAAACCCCUUAAGCAAGAUUUGCAUUCCCACAAUUACACCACCACCUUCACUGUCAGAUCCACUUAAAGAGCUUUUUCGGCAACAGGAAGUUGUAAGGAUGAAACUACGUUUGCAACACAGUAUUGAAAGGGAAAAACUUAUUGUAUCCAAUGAACAGGAAGUUCUGCGAGUUCAUUACAGAGCUGCAAGAACAUUGGCAAAUCAAACACUGCCAUUUAGCGCGUGCACUGUUUUACUGGAUGCAGAAGUAUACAGUGUCCCACUGGACGCUCAGUCUGAUGACAGUAAAACUUCUGUGAGGGAUCGCUUUAACGCAAGACAGUUCAUGUCUUGGUUGCAAGAUGUGGAUGAUAAAUUUGACAAAUUAAAGACCUGUCUUUUAAUGAGGCAACAACAUGAAGCUGCAGCUUUAAAUGCCGUCCAGAGAUUAGAAUGGCAGCUCAAACUCCAGGAACUUGAUCCUGCCACCUAUAAAUCUCUCAGCAUUUAUGAGAUCCAGGAGUUUUAUGUUCCCCUCGUUGAUGUUAAUGAUGAUUUUGAAUUGACUCCUAUAUAGCAACCGUCACUUCCGGGGGUAUCGUCUUAAACUGAUGCGGCUCAAGAGUCUUAAACUGUGGAACACUGCCUUUGAGAAAAAUACUGAUAUUCUGCCUUUACGGUUGUUGAGUAAAGUUUGACUGAAGUUGGUUAUGUAGUAAACACUGUCAUUUUGUAAACAACGAAAAGAGAAUUAUUGUGGAUCCAAGAUCCACACAGUUUCUAACUGAAAUCUAUUAUUUAUAUUGGUGAGAGGUAACUAUUGCCUUAGAGCAUGUUGGCCGACUGAGGGAGAUACUUUAAAAGUUGAGAAUCUGCUGACAGCACCGAAAGUUGUUAGCACUCCUAAGUAACAAGGUAACCACUAGUCUUCAAAUCUCUUUCAAGUUUUAUUAAAAUCUGUCCGUAAACUAAAAGGUUCGGUUCCUACCAAAUGGUUUCUAAUGUGGAAGAAAAACGUGGCACAAAAUUUCUUCGGUUUAUUAUAGCUGUAAAUUAACUGUACAGUUUUCUUUUCAAAAGUUUUAAUAUUGUCUUCCUUUUUAAUAACUUAUUUUAUACAUAUUGUGCAGAUGUAAAUCUUGUAAUUAAUGGUCAGAAUGUAUACAAAGGGAUUGGUAGUCAAAACAUGUACAAAGAAAUAAUUGUAAAACUGUAUUGUCUGAUGUUUUAUUGGACCAAAGUUGUAGUUUGUAUGGAGUGUAGUGGUAGUGUGUUCACGUAGCAAAACUCUUAAAUAAGGCAUGCAUGUGUUUGAGUUAGCUUGUUUUCAUCACCAUAACUGUAAAGGUUGUGACUUAGUUGUAUUGCAUGCUUCCUAUAAUUUAACUCUCUCCAUAAGCGAUGCCUAAAGUAGUAUAGGGUGUUUUCAUGCCAGUCUCCUGGGAUAGUACCUAUGACUCACUAUGUUGGACAUAUUAUUUAGAAUUAGUCAUACAAAGAAACAGCUCUUUUUUCAUCUCACGGUAGAACCUGUUCCCCUCUCCCAAAAUGCCUUUGAAUGAAAAUUCUGAAAUUGUAAAUGUCUAUUUUAAUACUCAAGUAUGAAAGAAUCUGUGAAUAUAUGUAAAUAUGUUUAAUAAAUUUUAUUGGUCAUGUUAAAUCAUUGUAAAACUUUUUUACAUUGCUUAAAUAUAAUGUUUUAAGCUUAAUAACCUUUGCACUUUUAAAAUAAAAACAGUACUCAAAUCAAAAAAAAGAGCUACUUGGUAGUCCAAAUAAAUACAAGAAACAGGCAUAUUCCAAUCAAUCUCUGCAGUGUUUAUGAAAAAUUGAUUAAUAUGUUGUAUUUUUUCCUUGUAUCAAGAUGCAAAACGUAAUUUUCAGAAUUUUAUAAUUAAAAUAAGAUUUGGUAUGCUGUUUUUAAUAAAAUAAUUAGCAAUAUACUUAGAAAAAAGUCCAGUUUCUCCUAUACAGUGAGGUAGAUUAAAUAUUCAGGAAUAUUUCAGAUCUGAAAUCUAAACUACUUAAACAUUUUUGAAAGGAAAAUUAGGUUAUAUGUAAAAGUGAACAUAAGUAUAUGGGAUAAAAUCUACAGAACUUCCCACAGUACUUUCUUGAAUUAUAAACUAAUACUGGAUGUUUUUUAUUCUGAUAAAGUAAAAAGCAUAUAUAUGAGGAAUAAAGUGACUUAAACUCAGCAUGCAAGUUGGAAAUCCCAGCUAAUGGGAGAGAAUGUAAAAAUUGAAGUUUUUGAGUGCAAAGGUAUAUAUUAAGCUUAGGGGUUUUUGAAUUUUUACGUCAAUUUAUAUUUUAAUUCAUACUGUACUUGGCAUGCGCAAUAAAGCAGCACGUGUAAAAAGUACACAGUGCAAGGACUUUAUUAUAAAGGUUGGAUGUAGUGUUCUUUAGAAAUUUAGAUGAAAGAUUUGGGCCUUUUUUUUAUUGGACAAAUGGGGCCAAGAAAGGCAGGGUAGAUUUUGAAGCACUGGUUUUGUUGAAGUUAAGUUUAUUAAGGCUGGGAACAUGAAAAGCUAAUUUAUAAAAGCAAUACUUUUUAAUAUGAAAAAAUUAAUGCAAAUUUUGUUUAUACUUUUGCCGAAAAAUAAAAAACCAGAUUAUUGAGCAUUGAAGUCAUAGAAAAUAUGAGAGGGAUAAAUGUAUACAGCAUUUUGUUCUGACGGUCCAACUGGAAAAGGGGGAGAAAAAUCACUGCUUGGCCAAACAGAACAAGCUGCAGAAGAGAAAAAGCAAGAAAGCAGGAAUCUGGCAUAUUUUAGUUGUCCCAGCUUUUUAAGUACUAACUCCAGUUCUCGCCCUCUUCAGUGGUGCCUCAAGUUGCUGGAGCCUCUCUGCCAUGAUUCUGCUUCUGCAGAUUUCCUUUGUAAAGUGACUCAAAGCUAAUCAGAUGGCUUAAAAGCGAAUGUCUUCUUGGUGGGAAUCUAUACUUAAGUAGUUAAGAGCUUUGAUAUUAAAGAUUUUCUGAAGCUCUGAAAUGCUAGGAAAAAACUUGGAAUGGGGUAUAUAUACCUAAAAAGAUUUAGGAUUCUGAAAGAGAAAUAAAGGAUGGUUAGUUUAAUCAGUGAUUUUUUUUUUUUAACUAUUCAAAUAUCAUGAACAAGAUACUAAAUUGUACCUAAGGAUUUGUAUUUCUUUAAAUCUUGUUCUAAAUCAUAUCUGUUUAAUAAAUGACUAGUUGAUAUUUGUGCAUGUUAUUUAAUAAAGAGUUAUAUUUUUAUAGAAAAAAUAAGAGUGAAAUGUGUGCUAAAUGUUUUUUUACUUUCCACUUCCAUGUGACUCGAAGCCAAACAGCAGUGGUGACCUGGGCAGUAGCAAAAUUGCAGAAAUACUCAUCUUGGGGAAACAGCCUUGGAAGAAUAGUUCGUGCCUAUUCAGUAGUAAUGUCUCAAAAAUGAAUUUUAAAUGUUAGAUAUGCUGCAAACUUCAUAACCACAAAAAUUUCAAGCAAAGCCCCAGGAGGCUCAUUUUAAUUGAUUUAAGAAGUAUCCAUUUAUUCUAGAAAUUGAGUGCAGUGCUAAAUUUGUAUUCUUAGUUAUCCACAAAGUUAGCAAUAUUUUUUAUUCUAUCUCUGACACAAAACUCCAAAGUUUUUUAUAUAGAGGAAAUUGACUUCAAAACUCAUGAGGCAGUCUUAUCUUUUAGUAUUUUUAAAGAGAAUAUUUUCAUGAUUUUUUUUAAAGUCCUCAAAUAUUUAAAGCAAAUAGAUUUUAAAAGUGAUAGUCAUCUUUGGAAAUGCUUGUAUGAAGUUUCACUGAUUAAAUAUCUUGUAACUCAUUUCCAUGGUUGCUCCUUGACACUAUAGUCUCCAUUGUACCUGGAAUGGAGUUGCAACACCUCCACAGUAGUACUUACCCAAAAUAUUUAGAGUCAGUAAAACCAAAGUUCAUAGGACAAACUGAGGCAAAUACAGUUUAAAUAAUUCCCUUAAAAUAGCGAGGAAAAAAAAGUACCUAGAAUUGUAAGUAUUAGCAUAAAAACUGAAAAGUACAUCUAGAGAGACUGACUUUUUCCAGUGAUUAAAUGUUAAAUGCUACACGGUAUCUGCAUAUAAUGUAAAUUUUUUAUACACGUGCAUAUCUCCAGAAGAGAAAAUAACAUACAAGAUUAUUUACCUAAAGGUAAACACAGUCUUCGUUGCAAGAGGACUCAGUUUUAUUAGAUGGAUUAGUUGCACAGAAUGUAAGAUUAUUUAUGAAACACAUUUAACUCUAUUGAUGACUUUUUCAAUGCCUUUAGAAAAAAACUAUAUGCCAUAUCAAAAUCUCUGAGUAGACCUAGAAAAAAGGCUUUUAGGUGGCUACCUUUUCCUCCACUUGUGAAGAAAAUUCUCUUGUUAAUACACAGUUAGGCAUGUAUAGCAUAUGUUUACAGAUUAAAGAGCAUCCCUGUGUGCGCCCAUCACUUAGUUUAAGAGAUCAUUAUCAGUACGUUUCUUCUCAGUUUUUGUUUUUAAACUGACCUAAAUCCAGGUUACAAAACAAAACUAAAACCCAGAUCUUAAACAGGCAGUGUGUUGGGAUAAGUCCUGACAAAUGUAUACAUAUAUUAACUUUACCCAAAUUGCGAUUAUUUCCAGCUUCUUAACCAUCACCGCAGAAAGUUCCCCUGUGCCCCUUUUCAGUCAGUGGCUCCCUACCCCAGAAGCAAUCACUGUACUUCCCAUCACCAUAUAUUACUUAUACCUGCUCUUGAACUUUUUAUAAAUGGAAUCAAACAGUGUAUAGUACUUUCUUGUGUCUGCCUUCUUUCAACAUAAGGUUUUGAAAUUCAUCCAUGUUGGAUAUGCCAGUAAUCUGUUCCAUUUUCUUAAUGAGUAGUAGUAUAUUGUACAAACUUGUUUAUUCAUUCUCUUGUUGGUAGACAUUUGGAUUGUUUCCAAUAUGGGGACUGUUGUGAAUAAAACUGUGAACAUGCAAAUCUCUUUGUAGACAUAUUCUUUCAUUCUUGGCUACAUACCUUGGAUUACUGGGUCAUAGAGAAUAGUUGUAUGUUUAAUUUUAUUAGAAACAGUUCUCAAAAGUGGUUGUACUACUUUAUACCCCUACCUAUGAGAGACCCAGUUGUUCUGAAUCUUCAUCAAUAUUUGGCUGUCAGUCUUCAGUUUUAGCAAUUUCAGUGGAUGUGUAGUGGUACCUUGUGUCUUUAAUUUGCAUUUCAAUGAUGACCCAUUGGUCAUCAUUACUUUUCACAUGCCUUUUGACCUAUACAUAUUUUGUGAAAUGUCCUCAAGUGUUUUGCUCAUUUUUUAUUGGGUUGUCUUUAUUACUAAUUUAUAGGAAUUCUUUAUAUAUUCUGCAUAUUAAGUCUUUUGGUCAGAUACAUUUGUCCUGUGGGGCACCUGGGUGGCUCAGUCCGUUGAUUGACUCAAUUUCAUCUCAGGUCAUGAUCCCAGGGUCAUGGGAUUGAGCUCCCCAUUGGGCUCUGUGCUGAGCAUGGAGCCUGCUUGGGAUUCUUUCCCUUUCUUUCCAUCCCUCCCCCCAUUUGUGUAUGUGCUUUCUGUCUCAAAACUUUUUUAAAAAAUAAUAAAAUCUUAAAAUCAGACUGAUUCCAGGUAACUCAAUUGCAUGACUGAACCCAAUCUAUCACUAAAGGAAUACAACAAAAUCCAGUAGCCAACAAUGGAAAAAUUACAAUGUCUAGCAUCCAACAAAAAAUGAUCAGUCAUGUAAAGAAGCAGAAAAUUAUGACCCUUCACUAGAAAAAAAAAAAAAAAAUAGAAACUGAACUAGAAAUAAAAGCAAUGAUGGAACUAGUAGACAAGUUUGUUAAUAAAACUAUUAUAGUCUAUGUACAGAAAAGUAGAGGAAAACAUAACCAUAAUAAGGAAAGAAUGGGAGAUAAAGUUUUAAAACCCCAAAUCAAGAUUCUCGAGAAAUGAAAAAUAUACUAGGUGCAAUAAACUGAUGAGACACUGCAGAAGUAAAGACUAGUAAAUUUUAGAACAUAGCAGUAAGAAAUGACCUCAAAUGAAAGAUGGAAGAAAUGAACAGAGCCUCUGUAAGCUGGGAGACCAUAUCAAGUGACCUAACAACAUGUAAUUGGAGACCCAGAGGGAGAGGAGAGGGAGGGGUAACAGAGAAAGAAUUUUAAGAAAUAAUGGCUGGAACAAAAACCUAUCAACCUAGAAUUUGUAUUUGCCAAAAAUAUCUUUGAAGAACAAGAGCAAAAUAAUUCUUUUACCAAAGCUGACAGAAAUUUUGAUACACACAGAGGAAGUAAAAUAUCCAAAAUGGUAAAAAUGUAUUGUGGGGAUUACAGCCUCUAUAAAAGUAAAAUGCAUGACAAUGGUACAAAAUUGGUAGAGGGAAUGAAGGUAUGCUGUUGUAAGUCCUCAUAAAAUGCAUGAAAUGGUGUGAUGUUAGUUGAAGGUAGAUUGUGAUACAUUUUAAGAAGUACACUCUAGGGGCACCUGGGUGGCUCAGUCAGUUAAGUGUCUGACUUCGGCUCAGUUCAUGAUCUCAUAGUUCUUGGGUUCAAGCCCUGCGUCAGGCUCUGCACUGACAGUGCAGAGCUUGCUUGGGAUUCUCUCUCACUCCUCUCUCUCUCUCCUCCUUCCUGACUUGUGCUUUCUCUCUCAAAAUAAAUUAAAAAAAAAAAAUGAAA